UUCAGGUGACUGUAUUAUUUAUUCCCCACAUGGAAUAGCAAAGUGCCGUUCUUAUUUUAACCUUCGUGCAUUCAAACACUGAGAUAUUUCUCCAACAGGAGACACGGGAUAUAAAGUUACAGAAUCUUCAUAGUCAAGGGUGCGACCCAUGGAUACGUAGCCUAGCAACCAUGUCCAACAGGGAACGCCGCAGCGUCAGUCUUGGUCGCCAUAGAGACCGGGGAUCACGUGACACCAUCCGACCGGUGGAGGAGGAUCUGUCAACACGUCACAACAUCUCAAACUUCCUGCUCACCUUGCAGCGAAUACAGGCGUCAGAGGAAGAGAAUCGCCUGCUCCGCAAGGAAAACCAGCUCCUGCGUCAGCGGACUCGCACGUCACGGCUGUCCAGCUCCAGCUUCAGGGGUCACAACGACGCCCCGGAGCAGACGAUACUGCCCGAUGAAGAAGAUAAAAUCAUCGCGGCCGACGUGAAGCGAAACUCGCUGAUGUUCGUGGGCGAUUCGAUUCCCUCAACCGGCGAGCACGCUGCACUGGAGGCCCAGUACAAAAAGUUGCAGGCUGAUUUCGAUACGGUGAAAGAAUUCUUGAAACACCUCUUCCAACAUGCCCUCACCAUGUCCUCGCCAGAUGGUGUUAAGGUGGCAUACAAAGAUAAGGAAAACACUGACAUUAACACGUAUAACCCGUCACAAUCCAAACAGCUUGAACACAGCCUGCAUGAUAUUCAUGGGCAGAUAAGUCAACUUCGAAACAGCCAAGAUAGACAACAAAUAAAAAUGGAACAGGUUCAGCAAGCUCUGGACAAUGUCCUGUGCCAAUCUUCAGUGAGGAAUGACGUGACCAUGAGGCUGGUGAGACAACAAGAUAAGCUGAAGGAGAUCUCCAAACACACGAGCUUUCUCGAGGCUCAGCUCAUGUCAGUGACAGCAUCGCAUCGGCAGGCUGAGGAAAGGCUGCGUCAGACCUCUGUUAUUGGACAAAAGUUGGAGACUUUCAUUGCAACAAGCAACAAAAAUUUAAAAGGGAACACUAAAGAUGAAUUAAACAAAAUAACAGAACAAAUCAACCUGGUCAGCAGGCGGACAUCACUCUGCUCCUGCAAGAUGUCCUGCAUUGGUCAGCUGAUCAACCACAUCGUCACAGCCUCCAGCCAUGGUCAGACUCUGCUGGACACCAAACCCCCAGCUGAAGUUGUGGAAGCUAUGUCUAAACUGGAGCGACUCAUAGGUUCAGAUUGGCACAGGUUAGGGCGAAUGUUAGGAUUAAAUUCAGAUUGCUUGGAUGACAUUGGCAAGUUCACAAACUUUGACUUGACCAGUCGAGUCGAGAAGGUCAUUAAAUGCUGGGUCAAGUAUAUCAAAGGCGCCAACGCUGAAGGUCUACGACAAGGUUUGGACAAGAUGGACAGGGAUGUGUUCCUGAUAACAGAGCAGCCAGUGUGUAAGGAGUGGACACAACUGCCCCCUGAGGUCAUCACCUACUGUGUAGCACACCUGGUGGACACACCUUCAGUCAUCAGUCAGCUGGGUGACCUGGGGAUUUUAAGUCAAGAUUCCAGAUCAUUUAUUUUAGGUGCCAGUCAGGAACACAGACGGGCUGGACGUCUGCUACAGUCUGUAGUCUACAUGGGGACCCAGGCACUGGCUCAGUUGACCGCAGUCCUGGACAGGCUACACCAGUGUUCAGUGGCCAACAAAAUCAGAGGUUGUCUUCCCAUGAAUGAUUCCAAGUCUUUUACUCUCGACCACAACAACACAUACACCCCCACCAAGCCUUCACCCAACGACAUAAGUCUGACCAUCACGCCAUCUAAAACAUCAACGCCACUCAAUUCUAAAACAGCUGAAAAACAGCCGCGCAAAAAACGGUCCCGCUCGCUGUUUGCGCGCAAAAACAAACUCAGAGACAGCGAGCCUGACAGCGAGAUUGCGGUGGAGAUCCAGGGGGACUACAACUACUACUACCCCGCGGUCAACCUCAACGCCCUCAACACCACCACCAGCAGCGGCAGUGGCAGCAGCAGUGGAUUCAAGGAUGAGACCAGACGUGACACGCGUCGCCAAUAUGGCCGACUUCACCAUGGCAACCGAGCAUCACAGGCUAGUGAUGAAGUCAUUGUAUAACAAAUUGUUUGUCAGACAAUCAGUUGAUUUCAUCAGACAGGGGCGUAACUAGGGUGGGGGUGUCUGAAACCCCCACCCCCUCCCUAAUGGACCCCAAAGUGAACGUUGACUCAUGCUACAAAUAUUGGCAAUGGAGCACUCCUGUCAUUUCAUGUUUACAAUUAUGAAUGUCACAAAAACAAUUUUAUCUUCUUAAAAUCAUUGUGUAAUCAAUACAAGUUCAUAUGUGAUGU